UAUAAAACCCCAACAUCCUUCUCAUUUUCUCAUUUUCAGUUUUUUUUUUCCCUCUCUUCAAAAUUCCCUCCGUCCAAUUCCAUCUUCAUUCUCCUAUCCAAUCUUCCUAUCAAAUUCAAAAUUCAAAUUUCUCCUUCUUAUUCUUCUUCGAUUCGCUCAAUCGUCGUUCGUAGGGAAGACGAUUGAUCGAAGAUUUGUUAAUAAUGGCGAAGAAUAGAGAGGAGGAAGAAGAAGAAAAACAACAACAGAGAGUGCAUCAUCAGAUGGCGACGUUGACGGAGGAGGAAGAGGAUGAAUUGGAGGAGCAAUUAGGUUCUAGUUUGACUCUAGAAAGAGUUGCUGCUGCUAAGAAAUUAAUCGAAGAUCAUUAUAAAUCGCAUAUGAAACUUAUUCAGGAUCGUAAACAAAGGCGAUUACUGCUAGAAAAGAAAUUGGAAAGCUCUGGUGUACCAGAGGAAGAACAAAUGAACCUUCUAAAGGAAUUGGAGAGAAAAGAGACAGAGUAUAUCCGACUAAAGCGUCACAAGAUAUCUGUUGAUGAUUUUGAGCUUUUGACGAUCAUAGGAAGAGGAGCUUUUGGAGAGGUCAGGUUGUGCCGGGAUAAAGUAUCUGGAAAUAUAUAUGCAAUGAAGAAGUUGAAGAAGUCGGAAAUGCUAAGUAGGGGGCAGGUUGAACAUGUUAGGGCCGAAAGGAAUUUGCUUGCUGAAGUAGCUAGCCACUUUAUUGUAAAACUUUUUUAUUCUUUCCAAGAUGCUGACUACUUGUAUCUAGUAAUGGAAUAUCUGCCUGGUGGUGAUAUGAUGACGCUGCUGAUGAGGGAGGAGACAUUAACUGAGACAGUUGCAAGAUUUUACAUUGCUCAAAGUGUUUUGGCCAUAGAGUCUAUUCAUAAGCAUAACUACAUUCACAGGGAUAUUAAACCGGAUAAUCUUCUUUUGGACAAAAAUGGCCACAUGAGGCUGUCUGAUUUUGGUCUGUGCAAGCCCCUUGACUGUUCGAAUUUAUCUCCUAUUAAUGAAAAUGAAAUGAUGAAUGGUGAACAAAGGGGAUCUGCUAACAAGGGAAGUGGUUGGAAUAGCUCCCUUGAACAACUGCAGCAUUGGCAAAUAAACAGGAGAAAAUUAGCAUUUUCAACAGUGGGCACUCCCGACUACAUUGCUCCUGAGGUUUUACUGAAGAAAGGCUAUGGAGUAGAAUGUGAUUGGUGGUCACUUGGCGCCAUCAUGUAUGAGAUGCUCGUUGGUUAUCCCCCUUUUUACUCUGAAGACCCGAUAACGACAUGUAGAAAGAUUGUUCAUUGGAGAAAUCACAUAAAGUUUCCAGAGGAAGCAAGAUUGACUCCUGAAGCCAAAGACCUGAUAUGUAGGCUGCUUUGUGAUGCUGAAAGUCGUCUUGGCUGUCGAGGAGCAGAGCAAAUAAAGGUUCACCCCUGGUUCAAAGACAUAAAGUGGGAUAAACUUUAUGCCAUGGAGGCAGCAUAUAAGCCAGAAGUAAAUGAUGAUCUUGAUACUCAAAAUUUUAUGAAGUUUGAUGAGGCAAAUAAACCACCAGCCAAAAAUAGUUCAGGACCGCAUAGAAAGAAGCGCCUUAUUCCUGAAGAUUUAAGUUUUGUUGGCUAUACCUACAAGAAUUUUGAUGCUGUCAAGGGAUUGAGACAUUCUUCAGGUGAUUCUGCAGUGGAAUUCUCAGGCAAGUGUUCAAUCGAUGACAAUGAAAUGCUUGUCCGUGCUGCAUCAGCAGAUACUGUAUCUCUGUGAUGAACGCCCACGCCCAAGUACUGCGAACAAACUGACUGAUCAACAUCCCAUUUUUACGGUUUGUUCUGGAGGUAAUGAUAUUGAGUGUUCAAUUCGAGUUCUGAGUUUUGCUCAUUUCUACACAAAAGCAGAUUGCCAUUUACAACAUUAAAACUGUAAAAGUGACGACAUCGUAGGAUCUCUGGGUAGGUUUCUUGCAGCUAUCAAUAGGAGCUUUUUUUCUUUCAAUCAUAAAAGUUGUGUAUAAAAAUAUUAAGAGAUAAUUUAACAUUGACUACACCAAUGUAGGCAGAGCUAAGAUUAAUUGUCUUAAUUGUAUCUGUCUAGAGACCCCUUUCAGUUCUUAUUCCCAGAUUUUGUAGAUACAAAUAACUGUUCCAAGAAAAUGGGGAAAUCAAAUAGUUUAUUUCCUUCUUAA